AUGAAAUAUAAGCUAAAUAAUGCUGAUUGGGAUACUUUCAAUAACGUCAUUGCAUCUAAAAUCUCAUCACUGCCUAUUAUUACUCAAGGCACUGAAACCAUUUGCUCUAAUGCAUUCACUGAAGUAUUAAUACAGGCUGCUAAUGAAGUUUUUCCUAAAAAAUCUUCUUCUAAGAAUACAAUACCUUCACCACCAUGGUGGGACAGUGAAUGUACUGAAGCUAUUAGGAAAAGAAAAAAUGCUGAAAAACAAUACAAUUUACACUCUACAUUGGAAAACUUUGAUAUCUUCUGUAAUAUAUCCAGAACUACCCGUAAAUUGUUAAGGGAUAAGAAAUUAACAGAGCUUAAGGGAGUACUUACAAAAGUUAAAGAUUCUGCACCUGGAGAAGAUGGAAUACCAUAUUCUUUUUUGUCACACUUAGAUAGUACAUCUCUCUCCUAUUUCUUAGAUAUCAUUAACUCAAUUAUGAUAUCUGGUCAUAUUCCUGCUUUAUGGAAGACUCAAAAUAUAAUCCCCAUUCUAAAACCUGACAAAACUCCAUCUGACAUUGCUUCCUACCGUCCUUUAGCGCUAUCUUCAGUUCUGCUUAAACUGUCAGAACAUCUGAUCAAAAACAUCUGGAAUGGUAUAUUGAAAGUAACCACUAUUUAUCAGAUAGUCAAUAUGGCUUUAGAAGAGGGAAAUGUACUCUUGAUAGUUUAA